AUGGCCUCUCCACAGAACACCCCCGAAGUCGACGAUACGGACGCCGAGUCCAGUGCCAGCGACUCCGGCUACAGUGACGCAGCCUGCUCGACCGAAUCAGUCACCCCGAGCGUAUAUGCCUUUGAAGAACGGCAUGGCCGCACGUAUCACGCCUACCAUGCUGGCAAAUACAUGCUGCCCAACGACGAGGGCGAGCAAAAGAGGCUCGACCUGCAGUACCAUGCCCUGCGUGCAGUCAUCGGAGACCGGAUCACCUACGCACCCAUUGUCAAUCCCAACGGCAUUCUGGAUAUAGGCACAGGAACGGGGAUUUGGGCAAUCAACGCGGCCGAUGCGUACCCUGAAGCACUGGUGAUAGGCACCGACCUGUCGCCGAUCCAACCGCGCUGGGUGCCGCCGAAUUUGCAAUUCGAGGUCUCCGACAUGGACGAGCCGUGGGCUUUUAGCCCAGAACGAUUUGACCUAAUCCACACGCGGAUCAUGAACGGAUUCGGCGUCAGCAGUUGGCCACACUUCUACCGACAAGCCUUCCUCUGUCUGAGCCCUGGAGGGUGGGUGGAAAACCAAGAAAUCGACUUCCAGUUCAGAUCCGACGACGAUUCGCUCCCGCAAAACAGCUUCAUGGUCGAAUGGGCCCGGUUGUGGAAUCAUGCUUGCGAAAUAAGGGGGGAAACGGCCAGAUGCGAUCCUUACCGACUCAAAGCUCAGAUGGAGGAAGAAGGCUUCAUCAAUACGCAUAUCGUCUCGUCCAAAAUGCCCAUUGGGCCAUGGGCCAUGGAUCCCAUGCUCAAACAAGUCGGUAGCUGGAGCCAUGAAGCCCUGUAUACUGGUGUAUAUGGCAUGAGUGUGGCGCUGUUCAAAGAGACCCUUGGAUGGAAUGAGACACAGCUGAAUCAUUUUCUAGAGGGGUUCCGUCAGGAAUUGACCAGAGAAUCUAUCCAUGCAUAUUGGACGACGUGA